UUAACUAAAAAAUUCGUAUACUCGAUAGUUACUCAACUUUUUUUAGCUGUCAAAUGAUCUCUCAAACUGAUUUAAGCGUCGCUUGCGUUUAAGAGUGGUCAAGAGGUCUCCUAAAUCUAUAAUCACGGUGAAAAGUGUGUGUAUAAACUUAAAAUAAUGUCUUUAUCGUCGCUAUCUAGUCUUUCCGACCAUGAAGGGCCGACCGUGAGUCGCCGCCGAAAUAAUCAAAUGCUCAAUGCAUUUGAAAAAUACAACGAUGCAGAGUUUCGUGCGCGCUUUCGUCUUUCGAAAGAAACCGUGCUAUACUUGGAGUCCGUGUUUGGGAACUCGAUAAAACCGCCUACUAGGAGAAGUAGAGCUAUCCAGCCCAUGGAUCAAAUUUUAAUAACUUUGCGGUUUUACGCAACCGGCAGCUAUCAACGGGUAAUUGGCGACAUUUUCAACAUCGAGCAGCCCACAGUCCAUCGUAUUGUGCACCGGGUUACUGCAAAAAUAGCCAGUAUGAAGUCGCAAUACAUUAAUAUGCCAACGCGACAAGAAUGUCUGGAUGUUGCUCAUAACUUUUAUGGCAUAGCAAACUUCCCAAGAGUUGUGGGGGCAGUGGACUGCACUCAUAUAAAAAUCAAUUCUCCAGGUGGAGCUCAAUCUGAGUUAUAUAGAAAUAGAAAAGGAUACUUUUCCCUCAACGUUCAAAUGGUGUGUGACUCACACCUGAGAAUAAGAAACAUUGUUGCUAGAUGGCCUGGAUCAGUACACGAUAGCACAAUAUUUAAUGAUUCGCCAUUAUGUGCAAUGCUAGAGAGGGGUGAUUUUGGGAAUUUUUAUAUUCUAGGCGACAGUGGCUAUCCAUGCCGGCCCUACUUACUGACGCCUCUAUUAAACCCUCGGACAGCAGCAGAAGUGGCUUACAACAGAUCCCAAAUAAGCACCCGAAACCCAGUGGAACGGCUCUUUGGGGUAUUGAAAAGGAGAUUUCCCUGCUUGCAGAAUGGGUUGGGGCUUAAGCUCGAAAACAUUCCCCCUAUUAUUGUAGCAUGUGCUGUGCUCCACAACAUAGCUAUAUAUAGGCAGGAUGAAUUGACAGAGGAAGAACCAACCCUUCUUAAUGAGGCGGUGGAGGAAGCUGUAGCCCAACCCAUAGGGCUGAACACCAAUCAAAAUUUUGUAGUUAGAACUAUGUUAAUAAAUACACAUUUUACAAAUUAAA